AUGUUCUCUCUUGUCCAAAGAUUUCAAAAUGUAUCAAACCAGGCCUUUUCAAUGGGAAUUCUAAUGGUUGUAUUUAUCAUGGCAUCCUCAUACUAUCAAUUGAUCAAUAAUAACGCGUUCUCGAUACCUAGUAACAUCGAUAACGUCAAAACGUUAAUUAAUGUUAGAACAAGUAGAUAUUUUGGCUCACAAAGGGGCAAGGCAAAGGAAAAUAUGAAAAUUAAGUUUGACCUAAAUACUGAUCUCACUCCCCUUUUCAAUUGGAAUACAAAACAAGUAUUUGUCUAUUUAACUGCCGAGUAUAACAGUACUGAAAAAAUAACCAGCGAGGUAACAUUUUGGGAUAAGAUCAUAAAAAGCAAAGAUGAUGCGGUGAUUGAUGUGAACGAUCUAAAAUCCAAAUAUUCUAUUUGGGAUAUUGAAGAUAGAAAAUUCGAAGGUAAAGAUCUAGUUUUCAAGUUACACUGGAAUGUCCAACCGUGGGUAGGCCUGCUAACUUAUGGCGAAUCGGUGGGUAAUUAUACACUGACCGUGGAAAAUAAAGACGAAGUUUAA